GAGAAAAAAAAAAAAAAAAAAGGUGUAGAUUCCUUAGGCAUUGAGGCUGUAAACCCUGAAUAUCUGUGACAGAUCUCAGUUAAUGUAGAAAGUUUAUUUUGCCAAUAUUGAAGAUGUAGGCCUGCGACACAACCCGAGGAGGUGCUGACGACAUGUGCCAAGGUGGUCAGAGCACAGUUUGAUGUUACAACAUUUUAGGGAGACAUGAGGCAUCACUCAACAUAUGUGAGAUGAACAUUGGUUCGGUCUGGAAAGGCGGGCAACUCAAAGCUGGAAAGGGGCUUCCAGGUCAUAGGUAGAUAAGAAACAAAAGGUUGCAUUAUUUUGAGUUUCUGAUUAGUGUCUCUGAAGGAGGCAAGCAGGUACGCAUUUAUCUCAGUGAGCAGAGGGGUAACUGAAUAGAAUGGGAGGCAGGUUUCCCUAAGCAGUUCCCAGCUUGACUUGUCCCUUUAGGUUAGUGACUGUGGUGCCCCAAGAUUUAUUUUCCUUUCACAAGGCUCUGCAAAGGUAAGGUCCAGAAGUCCGUGCCUGUUUUAACUCCCUAUGUAAUUUCAGUGGCAGACAAAUUCUAAGAUUCACUGAUGCCCCCACAUCUGUGCAUCUCCAAAGCCACCACCCCAGGCUGAUCAAUGGCAUCUCUUACCAGGGAGAUAACUUCCUAGCUUGUCUUCCUAAUUCUACGUUUGUCCUUCCUACCAUCCAAUCUCCACACAGCAGCCAGAGGGAGCUUUGAAAGCAGAUUAAAUCACUUCCCUGCUCCACACUUCUUGACUCCUACCUGUCUCUGACCUCACUCUCGUCCUAACCCACUGCAUUACUCACUAUGCUGCAGCCAGACUGUUACCAGUGGAGGGUGCCCAGGUUCUUGGUGUCUUGGUCAAAACACACAGGCAAAGCAAGGAAAGAAUAAAGUGACAAAAGCAGAGAUUUAUUGAAAAACGAAAGUACACUCCACAGGGUGAGAACAGCCCAAACAAAGGAGCUCAAACGCCUCCUUACGGAAGUUUCUGGGGUUUAAAUACCAUAUAGGAGACGGCGGGAGCUCCUUCGCCAUGGCUGCCGGGCCGAUCUCAGAGCGGAACCAGGAUGCCACUGUGUACGUCGGGGGCCUGGAUGAGAAGGUUAGUGAACCGCUGCUGUGGGAACUGUUUCUCCAGGCUGGACCAGUAGUCAACACUCACAUGCCAAAGGAGAGAGUCACUGGCCAGCACCCAGGCUAUGGCUUUGUGGAAUUCUUGAGUGAGGAAGAUGCAGACUAUGUCAUUAAAAUCAUGAACAUGAUCAAACUCUAUGGGAAGCCAAUACUGAACAAGGCAUCAGCUCACAACAAAAACCUGGAUGUAGGAGCCAACAUUUUCAUUGGCAACCUGGACCCUGAGAUUGAUGAGAAGUUGCUUUAUGAUACUUUCAGCGCCUUUGGGGCCAUCUUACAAACCCCUAAGAUUAUGCAGGACCCUGACACAGGCAACUCCAAAGGUUAUGCCUUUAUUAAUUUUGCUUCAUUUGAUGCUUCGGAUGCAGCAAUUGAAGCCAUGAAUGGGCAGUACCUCUGUAACCGCCCUAUCACUGUAUCUUAUGCCUUCAAGAAGGACUCCAAGGGUGAGCGCCAUGGCUCAGCAGCCGAACGACUUUUGGCAGCUCAGAACCCACUCUCCCAGGCUGACCGCCCUCAUCAGCUAUUUGCAGAUGCACCUCCUCCACCCUCUGCCCCCAAUCCUGUGGUAUCAUCACUGGGGUCUGGGCUUCCUCCACCAGGCAUGCCUCCUCCUGGCUCCUUCCCAACCCCAGUGCUGCCUCCUGGAGCCCUCCCACCUGGGAUACCCCCAGCCAUGCCCCCACCACCUAUGCCGCCUGGGGCUGCAGAACAUGGCCCCCCAUUGGCAGGAACCCCAGGGGCAGGACAUCCUGGUCAUGGACACUCACAUCCUCAUCCAUUCCCACCAGGUGGGAUGCCCCAUCCAGGGAUGUCUCAGAUGCAGCUGGCACACCAUGGCCCUCAUGGCUUAAGACAUCCCCAUGCUGGACCCCCAGGCUCUGGGGGGCAGCCACCGCCCUGACCACCACCUGGAAUGCCUCAUCCUGGACCUCCUCCAAUGGGCAUGCCGCCCCGAGGGCCUCCAUUUGGAUCUCCCAUGGGUCACCCAGGUCCUAUGCCUCCACAUGGUAUGCGUGGACCUCCUCCACUGAUGCCCCUCCAUGGAUACACUGGCCCUCCACGGCCCCCACCCUAUGGCUACCAGCGGGGGCCUCUCCCUCCACCCAGACCCACUUCCCGGCCACCAGUUCUCCCUCAAGGCCCGCUUCGGGGCCCUCUCCCUCAGUAAAUUCACAUUUUCCUUCCUCCUGUUACAUCUUCCCAAUAUCUUUUCAAUUCCUUGGACCAGUCAGAGAUGCUGUAGCUCCUUGGGGCUAAGGCACUAAUCUCUUUCAGCACCCCACCCCAUUCCCCUUUUUAAUGUAACUUUUCCCACAGGAAGAUUACUUUUUUAUGUUGGUUCUGAGUAUUUUGCAGAUGCACAGAGAAAAUAAAACUAAACUCCUUGUUUAAAA